GUGGCUUACGCGCAAGGGGCGUGGCCUGCGCUCCGGAAGGGCGGGGCUGCCUGCGUGGAGCUUCCACUCGCGGAGCCACUCGGGGAGAUCCGGAGCCGUCGAAAAUGGGGCCGGGAAGGGCCCACGCCGCAGGCGCCCAGCUCUGUGAGUCUCUACCUGAGUCCCAAGAGGGUCCAAUGGAGGAGAAGCAGCCCAAUGGCAGCAGCCGGAUGAAGCGUCUGCUGGGCUUCGAGGCCGCCGAUUUCUCAUCCUGGAACCGCCUGGUCUGCCUCCUCAACCGGCCCACCGACCCGGCUGCCCUGGGGGUCUUCCGCUUCCUUUUUGGGCUGCUGAUGGCUCUGGACAUUCCCCAGGAGCGGGGCCUGAGCUACCUGGACCACAAAUACCUGGAUGGAUUGUCGGUCUGCCGCUUCCCCCUCUUCAACUUCCUGGAGCCACUUCCCCUGGACUGGAUGUACCUGGUUUACACAGUCAUGCUACUGGGGGCCCUGGGCAUCAUGCUGGGCUGCUUCUACCGGGGCAGCUGCCUCCUCUUCCUGCUGCCUUAUUGGUACGUCUUCCUCCUGGACAAGACCACCUGGAACAACCACUCCUACCUCUACGGACUCCUCGGCUUCCAGUUCCUCUUCAUCAAUGCCAACCGCUACUGGUCUAUUGACGGUCUCAGGAACCCACGGAAGAGGAACGUGCACGUGCCACUGUGGAACUACACUCUGCUGCGCACGCAGGUCUUCAUUGUCUACUUCAUUGCCGGAAUUAAGAAGCUGGACGCAGACUGGGUGGAGGGCUACUCCAUGGGCUCCCUGGCCAGGCAUUGGCUCUUCAGCCCCUUCAGGUUGGUGCUUUCGGAGGAGAUGACCAGCCUGCUGGUGGUCCACGGCGGGGGCCUCGCUCUGGACCUGACGGCCGGCUUUCUGCUCUUCCUGGACGCCACACGGCCCUUUGCCCUCUUCUUUGUCAGCUACUUCCACUGCAUGAACUCCCAGCUCUUCAGCAUCGGCAUGUUCUCCUACACGAUGCUGGCCACCAGCCCACUCUUCUGCCGCCCGGACUGGCCUCGCCGCCUGGUUGCCUGCCUCCCCUCCUCCCUGCAUGGCCUGUUGCCUCUCUCCCGGCCUCCACAGCCCAGUCCCGAGUGCAUCUACACAAAGGGCAAAGGCCCACGGAGGAGGCCCGGGCUGCGGCAGAAGCUGGGCGCUGCCUUCACCCUCCUCUACAUCCUGGAACAGCUCUUCCUGCCCUAUUCGCACUUCAUCACCCAGGGCUACAACAACUGGACGAACGGCCUGUAUGGCUACUCCUGGGACAUGAUGGUCCAUUCGCGCUCCCAUCAACAUGUGAAGAUCACGUACCGUGACGGACGCACCGGGGAGCUGGGAUACCUCAACCCUGGGGUCUUCACUCAGAGCCGGCGUUGGAAGGACCAUGCGGAUAUGCUGAAGCAGUACGCCACUUGCCUCAGCGGCCUGCUGCAGAACUAUAACAUUUCCGAACCGGAGAUCUACUUCGACAUCUGGGUCUCCAUCAACGAUCGCUUCCAGCAAAGGCUCUUUGACCCCGGGACGGACAUUGUCCGGGCAGAGUGGUCCCCCUUCUGGAAGACCCCCUGGUUGAAGCCCCUCCUGGUGGACCUCUCUCCCUGGAGGACCAAGCUGCAGGAGAUCGAGGACUCGCUGGACAACCAGACCGAGGUGGUCUUCAUCGCCGACUUCCCAGGCCUGCAUUUGGAGAACUUUGUGAGCGAGGACCUGGGCAACACCAGCCUCCAGCUGCUGAAGGGAGAAGUCGUGGUGGAGGUGGUGAAGGAAGGACAGAACCACACCUUGCGGGAAGGAGAUCGGAUCCAGCUGCCACCGGGGGAAUACCACAAGGUCUUCACCGUAUCCCCGGAGCCCUCCUGCUACAUGUACAUCUACGUCAACACUACCGAAGCAGCCUUGGAGCAGAACUUCACCCGCCUGCAGGAGCUGAAGGAGAAAGUGGAGAACGGGACCGAGACGGAGCCCCUUCCUCCAGAGCUGCAGCCCAUCCUUAGCGGAUCCUUUGCGGACGGGACCCCCGCCGAUCCCGUGGUGGAGGCCUUCCUCCGGCGACAGCGGCGCAUCCAAGAGUUGCAGAAGCGGCGCAGCGCAGGCCUCGGGGAGCGCUUCCUCCACUUUGCUGCCAAGAAGUACUUCGUCUUCCGCCGAAGCCUCAUCAUGACCGCCAUCUCCCUGCGCAACUUGGCCUGGGGCCGCCCUUCCCUGGAUCAGCUGGCCAAAGAGGUGGCUUAUGCCAACAUGCAGUUUGGGGAGGAGGACCCAGUGCCUGGCAAAGCGGAGGAGACCCCCUCCAAAGGGACUGAGCGCUCAGACCUCUGACCGGUGAUGGGCCUCGGAUAUCACCGCUUGCUAUUUCCACAAUGGACCAAAGGAGACGUGGCCAAGACCCCAGUGGCCACAGGACGAUGCUGCAGCCACCUUGGCCGGACCCUGGGAGGAGCAGGAACCGAAUAUACGAGUAUUUCCUGGACUCUGUGCCUUUGGGGAGAUGGCGUUCAAAAGGAAGGAGAUGCCUUUGCGGCAAGUGGGUGGGUGG